CCAUGGCCGGGAGUUGCCGCAGCUCCAAAGGCGCGUUGUUGGCGCUGCGCGCAGCCCAAUCCUUCGCCUUACGGAGCUGUCCGCGUUCUGCCACGGCCGCUGCUACGGCGCCGGCACCUCCGGAGCAGCCUUUGCCUGACCCUGCCCAGCCUCCCCCAGCCUUAUCCGCCGGUGCGCGCCUCCAGCAGCCGCCGAGCACGCUGCCUCCGCCCCCCGCGGUGGACUUCGCGGACGCGCAAGAGGCUUUCCGGAGCAAGAGCAGCGGCGAGCUGGCCCGGGGGCUCCUGGUGCUCGGCCUCUGCUCGUUCCAGCCGCUGGUGGAGCACGGCGACAAGCUGAUGUGCUUCAGCCGGAAGCUGUUGGGCCAGUGGCUCUUUGAGAAGCUGAUGAAACUGACCUUCUACGGGCAGUUUGUGGCUGGCGAGGACCAAGAGGCCAUCAAGCCCCUCAUCCGGCGCUACAGCGCCUGCGGCGUGGGUUCCGUCCUGGACUACAGCGUGGAAGAGGACCUGACCCACGAGGAGGCUGAGAAGAAGGAACUGGACUCCUGUACUUCUGCAUUUGAGAAGGAGACUGGCAAGCAAAGAGAGAAGCGCUACAGCGUGCACCGCAAGUUUGGCGACCGGCGGGACGGGGUCAUCAGCGCCCGCACGUACUUCUACGCGGAUGAAUCCAAAUGCGACCGGCACAUGGACACCUUCCUGCGAUGCAUCGAGGCCUCUGGUGGCAGUUCAGAAGACGGCUUUUCUGCCAUUAAGUUGACAGCACUGGGGAGGCCUCAGUUCCUGCUGCAGUUCUCAGAGGUGCUAGUGAAAUGGAGGCGAUUUUUCCACCAGCUGGCCGCCGAGCAGGGCAAGGUGGGUCUGGCUGCCCUGGAGACCAAGCUGGAGGUGGAGAAGCUGCAGGAGGCACUGGCCAAGCUGGGGGUUGCCACUAAGGCAGAGAGUCAGAACUGGUUCACAGGCGAGAAGCUGGGCGUGUCAGGAACAGUGGACUUGCUUGACUGGAACAGCCUGAUUGAUUCCCGGACGGAGAUCUCCAAACUCUUGCUUACUCCAAACAUUAAGACAGGGCAACUGGAGCCACUUCUCUCUCGCUUCACUGAGGAAGAAGAGCGCCAGAUGAAGCGAAUGCUGCAGAGGAUGGACGUUCUCGCCAAGAAAGCCGUAGAGACGGGCGUGAGGCUGAUGGUGGAUGCCGAGCAGACCUACUUCCAGCCAGCCAUCAGCCGCCUCACCCUGGAGAUGCAGCGGAAGUUCAACCGGGAGAGAGCCGCCGUCUUCAACACCUACCAGUGCUACUUGAAGGAUGCUUACGACACGGUGACGGUGGACGUGGAGCUCUCACGCCGGGAAGCCUGGCACUUUGGUGCCAAGCUGGUGAGAGGCGCCUACAUGGAGCAAGAGCGCAGCCGGGCGGCCGAAGUGGGCUACGAGGAUCCCAUCAACCUGACUUACCAAGCGACCAGCGAGAUGUACCACAGAUGCCUGGAUUACAUCCUCGAGGAGAUCCGGCACAGCCGUAAGGCCAACGUGAUGGUGGCUUCCCACAACAAAGACACAGUCAAGUUCACACUUCGCAGGAUGGCAGAUCUCGGCAUCCACCCUUCAGAGAACAAGAUCUACUUUGGCCAGCUCCUGGGCAUGUGUGACCAAAUCACCUUCCCUCUUGGUCAGGCAGGGUACCCUGUGUACAAGUACGUUCCUUACGGGCCCGUCAACGAAGUCCUCCCUUACCUUUCCCGGAGAGCCCAGGAGAAUCAAGGCUUCAUGGCAAGAGCUAAGGAGGAGCAGGACCUGCUCUGGAUGGAGCUGAAGAGGCGGUUGUUUGCGGGAACCCUUCUCUCCGCCCCAGCUUUGCCGUAGACUAGCCUUCCGGGCCCCACUUCCUCGGGGAGGUGGAUUAGGGUAGAACCGUUGGAGCAAAGAAGGCUUGAGAGCAUCCAAUGCCAUUUUGCCGUUCUUUAAAAAAACAAAAAAACAAAGUGACUGUGCUGUCCCAGUUGGCAAUGGACAUUACAGCAGUCCUGGUGCGCUGCAUGCUGGGAUUGUACAUAAGAGAGGAGCGGGUGAACUUUGUAGAGUGGGAAGGGGACACACACACCCUUGCCAUGCAGGAAUUGGGAGUUUCUGUUCCAGCACCAAGCCUUUUGCCAUUUGAUGGUAGGAAGGAUCACCUCUGAGCCCCACUUGCCACUUCUGGGUUAACCGUAGGCUCCGUAGCGCCUAAGAUGGAGAU